CUCCCGCUGCAUCACAGAGAGGAAAAUACCACCAGAUGGCGGUUUAGGAUUGCUGCUCUUCUCUCAAGGCGCGGUUCCGCUCGCACGGCCAAUUUUCAAUAUUAAAAUACACAAGAUAUUAAAACGAAAAUCGAUUUUUUAUUUCGGAAGGCGAUAAUCGAUUUGGCGAUGGUCGCUAAAGUUUUCUCCAGGAGCUGAAGAGACGAGCGUGCCGGCGAUCCAGGUGCUGUCCGUCGUGGAGCGUCUCCUCCCUGCCCUUCCAGACCUUUCCCCCCUCCGGACCUGCCGUAUUGUACCCCCCGUCUGCACGCCCCAAACGCACUCAGACCUGAAGACACACACACGAACAGAGCUGCACAGGUCAUCGGCUCCCCCCACCGACCAGGAUGAUCACCUCGGAGCUCCCCGUCCUGCAGGACUCGUCCAAUGAGUCUGGAGCAACAGACGGCGUGGGAUUAAGUAUGAACAUGAGUGAGAUGAGUGAAGAAUCAGAGGUGAAAGGGAAGAAGAAAAGAGGGAGGCCUGGAAAACAGCCGCUGACGUCCAACAAGAAGCCACGGAAGUCACCGACAGACAAGACCACGAGCGUGGCGAGAGGGCGGGGGAAAGCAAACGGCGUGGCUCAACAUAACGGCGACGGCGGAGACCCCGUCACGCUUUUCGAGGUGGUCAAGCUGGGAAAGAGCGCCAUGCAGUCAGUGGUGGACGAGUGGAUCGAAUCGUACAAACAGGACAGAGAUCUGGCUCUUCUUGACCUCAUUAACUUCUUCAUCCAGUGCUCUGGCUGCAAAGGCACCGUGAGGAUCGAGAUGUUCAGAAACAUGCAGAACGCAGAAAUCAUCCGUAAGAUGACAGAGGAGUUCGACGAGGACAGCGGGGAUUACCCUCUCACCAUGCCCGGGCCCAUGUGGAAAAAGUUCCGCUACAACUUCUGCGAGUUCAUAAGCGUCUUGAUCCGCCAGUGUCAGUACAGCAUCAUCUACGACGAGUACAUGAUGGACACCGUGAUCUCCCUCCUCACCGGGCUGUCGGACUCUCAAGUGCGGGCCUUCAGACACACCUCCACGCUCGCAGCCAUGAAGCUGAUGACGGCGCUGGUAAACGUAGCGCUGAACCUGAGCAUUCACCAGGACAACACCCAGAGACAGUACGAGGCCGAGAGGAACAAGAUCGCCGGCAAACGAGCCAACGAGAAACUGGAACUGCUGCUACAGAAGAGGAAAGAGCUUCAAGAAAACCAAGACGAAAUAGAGAACAUGAUGAACUCCAUCUUCAAGGGCAUCUUCGUGCAUCGCUACAGGGAUGCCAUUGCUGAGAUCCGAGCCAUCUGCAUCGAGGAGAUCGGAGUGUGGAUGAAGAUGUACAGCGAUGCGUUUCUUAAUGACAGUUACCUGAAAUACGUGGGCUGGACGCUACAUGAUAGGCAAGGAGAGGUUCGUCUGAAGUGCCUGAAAGCUUUGCAGAACCUGUACACAAACCGCGAGCUGUUCCCCAAGCUAGAGCUUUUCACCAAUCGCUUUAAGGACCGGAUAGUAUCAAUGACCCUGGAUAAGGAGUACGACGUGGCUGUAGAGGCCAUCAGACUGGUCACACUCAUCCUGCAGGGCAGCGAAGACGCCUUGUCCAAUGAGGACUGUGAGAACGUCUACCACCUCGUUUACUCUGCUCACCGACCGGUGGCUGUCGCAGCCGGAGAGUUCCUUCACAGGAAGUUAUUCAGCCGUCAUGACCCACAGGCAGAAGAGGCCCUGGCCAAACGCCGGGGGAGGAGCAGUCCCAACGGGAACCUCAUCCGCAUGCUGGUGCUGUUCUUCCUGGAGAGCGAGCUCCACGAGCACGCGGCGUACCUGGUAGACUCACUGUGGGAGAGUUCUCAGGAGCUGCUGAAGGACUGGGAGUGUAUGACGGAGCUUCUGCUGGAGGAGCCGGUGCAGGGAGAAGAAAUGCUGUCGGACAGGCAGGAGAGUGCGCUGAUCGAGCUGACGGUCUGCACCAUCCGACAGGCGGCAGAGGCACACCCGCCCGUCGGGAGAGGGACGGGCAAACGGGUUCUCACGGCAAAAGAGAGGAAGACGCAGAUAGACGACAAGAACAAGCUGACGGAGCACUUCAUCAUGGCUCUGCCGAUGCUCCUGUCUAAGUACCAGGCGGACUCGGAGAAGGUGGCCAACCUGCUGCAGAUCCCCCAGUUCUUCGACCUGGACGUGUACAGCGCCGGGCGCAUGGAGAAGCACCUGGACGGCCUGCUGAAGCAGAUCCGGCUGGUGGUGGAGAAGCACAUCGAGACGGACGUGCUGGAGGCCUGCAGCAAGACGUACAGCAUCCUCUGCUCGGAGGAGUACACCAUCAUGAACCGGGUGGACAUCGCCCGGUCGCAGCUCAUCGACGAGAUGACCGACCGCUUCGCCCACUCGGUGGAGGAGCUGCUGCAGGAGGCCGAGGAGGCAGACGACGAUGAUAUCUACAACGUUUUAUCGACGCUCAAACGACUCACAGCCUUCCACAAUGCUCAUGACUUGACACGGUGGGAUUUGUUUGGGAAUUGCUACCGGCUGCUGAAGGCGGGUAUCGAGCAGGGCUCAAUGCCGGAGCAGAUCGCCGUCCAGGCCCUGCAGUGCUCCCACUACUCCAUCCUCUGGCAGCUGGUCAAGAUCACAGAAGGAGUCCCCAGCAAGGACGACCUGGUGGCUCUCAGGAGAGUCGUCAAGUCUUUUCUGGCCGUGUGUCAACAGUGCCUGUCCAACGUCAACACGCCGGUCAAAGAACAGGCGUUCAUGCUUCUGUGCGACCUGCUGAUGAUCUUCAGCCACCAGCUGAUCUCCGGCGGCAGGGAGGGCCUCCAGCCGCUGGUGUUCAACCCGGACGGCACCCUGCAGAACGAGCUGCUCAACUUUGUCCUGGACCACGUCUUCAUCGACCAGGACGACGAGAGCCAGAGCAUGGAGGGAGACGAGGAGGACGAGGCCAACAAGAUCGAGGCGCUUCACAAGAGGAGAAACCUGCUGGCGGCGUUCUGCAAGCUCAUCAUCUACGACAUCGUGGACAUGCCCGCCGCCGCAGACAUCUUCAAACAUUAUAUGAAGUAUUACAAUGAUUACGGCGACAUCAUCAAAGAAACACUCAGUAAAACCCGACAGACGGACAAGAUCCUGUGUGCCAAGACGCUCAUCCUCAGUCUGCAGCAGCUGUUCAACGAGCUGCUGCAGGAUCAGGGUCCCAACCUGGACCGGACGUCGUCUCACGUGAGCGGCAUCAAGGAGCUGGCCCGCCGCUUCGCCCUCACCUUCGGCCUGGAUCAGAUCAAGACCAGAGAGGCCGUCGCCACGUUGCACAAGGAUGGAAUAGAGUUUGCGUUUAAGUUCCAGAAUCCUCGGGGACCAGAAUUCCCUCCUCUCAAUCUGGCCUUCCUGGAGGUGCUCAGUGAAUUCUCCUCCAAACUGAUCCGUCAAGACAAAAAGACAGUACACUCGUACCUGGAGAAGUUCAUGUCGGAGUCGAUGUCGGAGCGGCGGGAGGACGUUUGGCUGCCGCUCAUCUCCUACAGGAACAGUUUGCUGACGGGAGGCGACGAGGACCACAUGUCGGUGACGUCCGGCUCCAGCAGCAAGACGGGCUCCGUGCGCAGCAAGAAGGGCCGGCCGCCGCUUCACAAGAAGCGGAUCGAGGAGGAGAGCAGUGUGGAGGGCUCGUGGAUGAUGCGCAACGACACGCUGCAGACACCGGGGGCGCUGCAGACCCCUCAGCUCACCUCCACAGUGCUCAGAGAGAACAGACCGGCGGAACACAUGCCCGACCCGGACUCCGAGCCCGGCUCCGAGAACGACUACGUGCACAAUCCUCAGAUGCAGAUGUCGUGGCUCGGCCAGCAGAAGAUGGAGGAGGUGAACAGGAAGGACCGGACGGGGAUGAACUACAUCAAGUCGCGCAGCAAUCAGGGCGUCCGGCAGACUGUGCGCGGGCUGAUGGAGGACGACGCGGAGCCCAUCUUCGAGGACGUCAUGAUGUCCUCGCGGGGCCAGCUGGAGGACAUGAACGAGGAGUUUGAAGACACGAUGGUGAUCGACCUGCCUCCGUCGAGGAACAGACGCGAAAGAGCAGAAUUAAGACCGGACUUCUUCGACUCUGCAGCGAUGAUUGAAGACGAGUCGGGAUUCACCAUGCCCAUGUUCUGAUCUGGAGGCGGAAACAUCCAGGGAUCAGGAUUCCUAUCAGGAGUAAAGAUGAAGGGGGUUUUGAACCCAGACUGCCUGCCAAUCAAACUCCCAGAAGAAGAAGAAGAAUAAAAAAGCAUCGUUGAAGAACUUUUCCUCUUUCUGUUCGACACGUGAGGCGGAUCUACUGGCGGACGGAUCCCACACUGGCUGGACGUGAGGAUCGGCUCUGGUCUUUCAGGCAGCCUGGACGAUCCCCGGUCUCGUCUGAAUCAUUCAAGAGCCUCGCCCUGCUCCUCCUCCUCCUCCUCCUCCUCCUCCUCCUCCUCUUCCUCUUCAGCCCGUUGGAUUCGGCUCCACCGGCUCCCGGACUCCUGCAGCCGGCCGUCGGCCACUGGCAGUUUUUACAUUUCCCUGUAACACAGAUGUACAGUUGUUUUGCGUCGGCUGGCGGCCGGCAGCUCAGAGCGGCGUGACGCUCUGUACACCCCCCCUCUCCUCCCCCCCCUCACUCUUCUUUUGGUGUUGCACUCUGAUCCUUCUGGUUAAAACCAGCUCAGAGGAUCUCAGUACUAAAUGUUCUAUAUCUUUGCUAUUAUUACCGCCCACCUGUCUCUCCCCCCCCCCCCCCCCCACCGUUUGCACGCUGGUGCUGCCGUGUGACGUGAUGCGUGUAAAGUGUUGGUGACCAUGGUUGAGCAGCAACACACACACACACACAGGUCGAGAGUACCGACCUGGAGGAAGUGAUGUAAACAUCCGGUGUGUGUUCUGGAAGCAGAGCGAGUGUUGUCGUUCUUGGGCCGACCUCGGAUAGACCCGCCCACCCCACCCAAACCCCA